CAAGGGGCCAUCGCGCAAGUGCGGCCCUAGCCUCCGCGCAAACGGCGGGCAUCACCUGGGCGCCGGGAUUUCUAGAGGAGGCACGCCAGGCGGGCUGGACAGGGCAAGUCCCCACGUCCCUGCCGGCUCCACUGCCCAGUUCCGAGACGCCCCCCUUUCCCUGUCCCCUGCGCGCUCGCGGGUGGGCACUUCUCUCCGCUCCCCGUGACACUUUGCAGACGUUCCCCGGCACCGGGCAUGGGCGCCGGCGCCGCUGUCGGUCCCUGGGCCGGAUUCCGCGCGCGGUGCCCCUGAGGCGCUCAACUGCUGGAUCUGCAGGAAGCUUCCUUAUGAAUGACCGAAACAUCCAUAGGCAGACAAUGAAGAAGGACGACGAGGCUUUGGAGAUUUCCAUUCCCUUUGACAAGGCACAGCACCUAGACUCACAGAUCUUUUACAGUCUCAGCCCCUCUCGGGGGAACUUCGACGAGCCUCCAGAGGCUGCAUCCCCGACGCUGGCCCUGAUGAACAGCGUCAAGACCCAGCUGCACAUGGCCUUGGAGAGGAACUCCUGGCUGCAGAAGCGCAUUGAGGACCUGGAAGAAGAGAGGGACUUCUUGCGGUGUCAGCUGGACAAGUUCAUCUCCUCUGCCCGGAUGGACACAGAGGACCACUGCCGGGUGAAGCCUGGGUCCCGGAGGGUUGAGGGGGACAGCAGGGCUGGCGGUGAAGCCUCAGACCCAGAAUCAGCAGCCUCCUCUCUCAGCGGGGUGUCUGAAGCAGGCAGUGCCAGCGAGAGGAAGAGGCAGAAGCAGAAGGGAAGUGCUGGUCGGAGACGCUUCGGGAAGCCCAAGGCCCGGGAGAGGCAGCGAGUGAAGGACGCUGAUGGGGUUCUCUGCCGCUAUAAGAAGAUCCUGGGCACUUUUCAGAAGCUGAAGAGCAUGUCGCGGGCCUUCGAGCACCACCGCGUGGACCGCAACACGGUGGCGCUGACCACGCCCAUCGCGGAGCUGCUCAUCGUGGCCCCAGAGAAGCUGGCCGAGGUGGGCGAAUUCGACCCGUCCAAGGAGCGCCUGCUUGAGUACUCGCGCCGCUGCUUCCUGGCAUUGGACGACGAGACGCUCGAGAAGGUGCAGGCCCUCAAGAAAAGCAAGCUGCUGCUGCCCAUCACCUACCGCUUCAAGCGGUGAUGCCGCGGCUAGCGCGGGUCCCCGUCGCCCUGCCCCACCCGCGGCGGCUCGCCCCCCCAGGAGCUCCGCACUCCACGGAGUCAGAGUUAUUCAGAGAAUUUAAAUUAAAGAGACGUAAAAAUUUGG